AUGUCAGAAUUGGAAUUUCAAAAUGUUUUGCUGGAGUACGCAAAAGGUGUAAAUGAUUACUAUCAGAAUGAAUUACAUCCUAAAUUAUGGUAUCCUAUGUUCUAUCAAGGGAAGCUUAAACAAAAUCAGUUUAAAUGGGUCAACAAGAAUCAUGACACAUUCUUGCGGGGCACUCCAAAUAAGAUUUUGCAGAACAGGUGGUUUAGCUCGGAGAAGGGUGCUGUAACGUCCAUGCAAUUUUCGCCAAACGGAUAUCAUAUUAUCGUGGGGCAUGCCUCAGGCGAGAUAGAGAUGCGUCAUGGCAGUACUGGUACAGUCCUUUGCACGCUGCGAAAUAUUCAGUUCCCGCCAAAACCGGUACAUGCUUUGGAAUACAGCCCUUUUGAACCGAAUGUCUGCUAUGCGGCUUGCAUGGAUGGAGCCGUAUACCGGAUCGAGAUCCCGCAAAUAGACACGUCAAUCGAGGAUCCUCCCGGGUUCUGUAUCAAAGCUGAUCCGAUGCUGGAGAGCCUCAACAUGCAGUUCUAUGGGAGCCCUGGAACAUCUUUGUAUGCGACGCCAUUUGUCACACAACGUUGCCCUGCUCUUUCGGUGGGUGUACUGGCGGAGUGCACGAAGAUGGCUGUCGGCUAUGCAGACUCGUCAAUCAAAGUUUAUAAUAUGGAAACCCAGCAGGGCACAAGUACUUUUGUGGUAGCUCGCCGACCAGAACCAGAGCCGAGCGUACGGUGCGUAGCGUUCCGCGCGCGCCUCAAAGAGCCUAUAGACCACCACAGACGGGGCCCAAUAGGGCUGAUGUUUAGUCGGGGUUGCGGGGCCGACACUACUUACCAAGUACCCAAACUUCGACUUCAGUUCAUCCCCAAGAAGCUGCAGAGAAUGCAUUUUGGUCAAGUGGUUGCAUUGAGGACACAUCCACAGAAACCGUUCUUGUUCGCUAGUGGAGCUUGGGAUAAGACUCUGAGGAUCUGGGACAUAAGGUGCCAAGUUGGUUGUGUCAUGACCUUCGAAGGAGUUGACAUUCGCAGUGAUGCUAUUGAUUUAAACCGAGAACACGUUCUAGUUGGCAGUUGGAUGCCCACUGAUGGGGUCAGUGUGUGGGAUCUGUCUGCGAAAAAACUGUUGAACUUCAUCAAGGUUCAGAAUCGAAGACCAGACGUUGAUGGGGAAUAUGUAUACGCUUGUCGAUACUGGCGUUCCUAUGAUUACAACCGCAAAGGUAAGUACGCUCUGGUUGGUGGGAGCGGAACUAAUUGCCUGGAAGUGAUAAAUCUUCACAAUAGAUAUAUAACGUGUUCCUAUCCGAGCCCCGGCACUAUUCUCGCCGUCACCAGCUACCAAGAGCGCAUAGCGUUCGCGGGCACUUCCAGUGCCUUCACAAUAGUCUCCUUCUAUGACCCCAAGCAACAAAAAGAGAAGUAUCAAACUGCUAUCGACGCUGACUACGAUUACACCAAGCCGCCACCUGCCGGUACCAUCACCAUAUAUCACGAUGACGAGAGCAUGUACUCAUCCACUGAUCAGACUCCCGACACAGACGUACCCCAAUCCCCAACUUCGACUGCAACCGAUACCACAAAGACAUAA